AUAUUUCAAAUAGAUUAUUUUUAAAUUAAGAAAUGACCGAGCCUGGAAACAUUAAUAGUCUUUAUAACACGUUCAAGACAAAAUACACCCAUUACGUCCCCGAUGGCCAAGGACGAGACAAGUACAUCAUCCUGAAUAACGGAGGGCUAUGCUCAGAAGGAAAGAGGCCCUUUUUCACAAGCAGCAGAUACCCUUGUGACCCUCCGAACAAAAUGGCUAUAGCUCCUCAAAGACAGGCUACUAGCUUCAAGUACGUUUCUGACGGGUCUGGAAGAGACUUUUAUGUCACUUUCAACUCAGGUGGGCUUGAAUCUGCCUAUAUCCCUGGCCAGAAGCAUCCGAAUGUUGCUUUUUUCUCAUCGUUAAGAUCUAAUAAUAAAAUUGUUAAAAUAAAAAGGCACAUUAGUCCGAAGGACAGAGAUUUUCGUAAGAGAUGAAGGUCCACUCAAAAGCAAUUGGUGAAGAGGCUCACUGCCAGCUCUACCCAAUGGAAGGAAAUAACCAAAGAUUUUAGAGAUUCCGUCAGUAGGAGAAAGAAGAGAUCUGAAUCUAUAACUAUAGUUAAUAGAUCUACUACUUCUUCAAUUAAUGGCAGCAGGAAUAAGAAGAUUAAUGAUUGUAUUUCUAGGUCUUCUGUCCGAAACAUGAACUCACAUCAGAACAUUACUGUCUCUGAAUAUGAUGACAAACCCUUGCAGAAGAAGCCGAUAGAAAGCCACUCUCAAGAUAGAUUUAAAGGUAUAAAGAUCUCCAGCUACCUUAAACGUGACAAGGAUAAUAAAAGGUGUUUUUCUAAUGAAAGAAGAGGCCAGCCGGGGAUCAACAAUUCUUUAAAGAUCAGGAAGACCAAACAAUUGAGCCAGACAAAGUUGAAGAACCUGUUAAACAACAAUCCAAAUAAAAGAACGAACCAGACUCAAAAUAAAACUAUUAAACUUGCUGUGAAUGGAUCUAUAAUCAGACAAAACAAGAUAUUCUCUAAUAUUAAGACCAUGGAUGCCAGAAAAUAGGGCUGAAACACAUAAUGUAUCAGUUAUUCAACCAUAAUAA